ACGCGCGGAAGUGUGUGGACCGGGACCACAGAUCGCAAUUUCGCCCGGACUUUGCCCCCCUCCCCGCGGAUUAAUCUGGAUGUUACGUUCAACAGUUGACGCGUUCAUGAAUAAUAACUGGCCCGUAGGUGCGCGUCGGAUGGUCGUAAAGUGUUUUACGAGCCUCUAGGGCUGCUAUGUGCGGUUUCGAGAGUGUCCCGGACCGCCGCCACUGACGCGACAGUUUCGGACGACAUGGACGGUGGCCGGUGGCCCCUCGCGGGCCUCAUUUUCUAUUUGCUAGCGCUGGGACUGGCGCGGGAACAAGAGGACAAUCAAAAAGUUCAGUUCGAGGCGGCCUUCCAAGGUCAGUGCGGUCACGGCAGCCCCUGCGAGCAACUGUGUUACGAACUUCACGACGGAAUGUACGAGUGCGACUGCAACGAGGGUUUUAUCUUAAGGGAGGACGGAUAUAGCUGUUACGAAAUGAACUCGACAGUUUCGCCUCCGUCACUGGAAGACUUAAAGUUAGACAUAAUUUAUCAAAAGGACGCUGUAAUGGACGCCGUCGAGUCCUCGUUUCCGAAUGCCAGUGGCGCCGCCCGCGGAUACGAUUCGAACGAAAUUCCCCAAAUCGACGCGAACAGUAGCGCACUGACGGCAGAAAAGAUAAUUUUCACGACGGUCGGUCCGCGACUGGAGCAGAAACUCACUUCGGAUGGAUCGAACGUUCUCAGGGUAACCCUGCCGAUCUCCACGGCUCGCCCUUGUCCCUUGGAUUGCGGCCCCGGGGGUGGCUGUCGCUCGGACGCGGAGGGACUUCCCUCCAAGUGUCUCUGUCCGCUGGGAAGAGGCGGAGACAGCUGCGAGAAAGUAAUGGAAAUACAGUCCCCCAGAUUCACGGGAUACAGUUGGUUAGCGUUUUCGGCCCUUAGGGGCGCCUACAAGCACGUCCAGCUGAGUCUGGAAUUGCGACCUGAAGCUUACGACGGCAUUUUCUUCCUUACGGGGGAGAGGGACGACAUGGCCGGCGAUUUCAUGGCGCUGCUGCUCCACCAGGGGUUCGUCGAAUUCCGAUUCGAUUGCGGCUCGGGUAUCGGAGUAGUUAGAUCCGACGAAACGGUACUUUUAAACCAAUGGAACCACGUGUCAUUGUACAGGCAUCGAUGGGACGCGUGGCUACAGCUCAACAACGGUAAACAUAUACAAGGAAGAAGCAAGGGCCUAUUUUCUAGAAUAACUUUUCGAGAGCCGUUAUUUAUCGGCGGCCCCGGAAACACCACAGGCCUCGACGAAAAACUGCCAGUAACGAAAGGGCUGAAGGGCUGCAUCCGGCAUCUCGAAGUCAACGACCACGUCUACAAGUUCGCCCUCGAGCCGAGCGGAGAGUCCAUUAAGGGCUACGGAAUCGAGGAAUGCACGGCAGACAGAUGCAGCAGGGUUCCGUGUCAACACGGAGGCAAAUGCCUCACUAGCGAAACGUCUGCCGUCUGCUUGUGUCCUCUGGGAUUUUCGGGAGAUUUAUGCGAGAUACGAGUUGACCUACAGGUGCCUUCAUUCAACGGUUCGAGUCAUCUCCGCUAUCGGGGCCUGGCCGAAUCGGCUUUAACCUGGUUAGAUUUAGAGAUAACGUUCAAACCGACAACUCCGGACGGUCUGGUGAUCUACAACGGCCACAGGAUGGACGGUACCGGCGACUUUAUGGGUCUCUAUUUGAACGACGGCUUCGUGGAGUUCGCCUACGACUUGGGCACGGGCGCCGCAGUCAUUCGAAGCAACGAUAGAGUGGAGCUCAGCGAAUGGCACGAGGUGAGAUUGUCACGCACAGGUCGUCUAGCUAUUCUGACGGUCGACAACCAACUGCCGGUGGAAGUGGUAGCCCCGGGGGCCUUCACUCAGCUGUCCCUCCCGCAAAACCUCUAUUUGGGCGGUGUGCCCAAUUUUGGAGUGGUGUCACCCCAAGUGAGGGUACGAUCGGCGUUCGUAGGAUGCAUCCAAAAGGUUCAAAUUAACGGGAGAACCGUGGCAAUACUAGCCGAGGCACUGGGUGGAGCGAAUGUCGAUAACUGUCCUCACCCAUGCGUAGCUCGACCAUGUGGAGAAGACGGAGAAUGCGUACCAGAAAUGGAUUAUUUCACUUGCAGAUGUAAACCGGGUUACCGUGACCAUCUUUGUUCGCGAGGGCCUCCGUCCUUUCACGGCGUCGACAGUUAUUACCACUUGGGCGAUUCGACGACCGUGGAAGCCAUCUCGUCGGACCCGCUGGACGUGAACGUCCGUUUCAAAGUGUCCUACUCGUCCGGCCUGUUGUUGUGGGCCUCGACGGGUUCCGGAUUCGUGUCGUUGGGACUGGAAGACGGGGCGCUCGCUCUGAAAUUUAGCUCCAGGGAUAACGAGGAACAGAUCUGCGUCGUCCAUAAUUCGACCACAGUCCACGACGGUUUGUGGCAUCGUAUUAAAGCCGUCAGGGACGGCUCCACGGGCUUGUUAAUCGUUGACAAUGGGCCGGCGAUUACGAGACAGUCGAUCAAAAUUCGGUCGAGUCGGCGGCCGUUCCCGCAGCCGGAGGCGGACGGACUCUACUUGGGAGGUAUGCCACGGAAAUUACUUAACGUCGCCACGGAUUACAAAAGCGGCAUAAAGGGGUGCGUGGCGGAUUUGGUGAUCAACGCGGAUUACCACCUGCAAGUCAUCAACCAAAAGGGCGUACGUCACAACGUAGGCGAGUGCGAACUUUGAGGGGCUCGAAGACAAGUGAGGUUAGGUCGCGGAGCUUUCGCUCUCGAAACACCAAUUCCGCCAUAGUUGAUGACGUAAAACUAGAAAGUCAAUAUUAGCGCAAAUUUUUCAUGGUGAAUCGAAAAAUCUGGUUCCGUGGUUCGACGGCGCAUCGAAAAUACAAAAUGGCGCGCGGCGCGGUCACUUUCGCGGCACGAUCGAACAUAUUUGAGAAUUUUCUAAAAAGUGAAAAAAAACUUAUCAAAUUAUCAAUAGCAGGCUAUACACGUAAUGUUUUGUCCGAUGAGGCUAAAUCGCACGCACAUCGUGAUUUCUUUAUUGCUUGUAAUUCCUUGUAAUUCUUCUGGAAUUCUUUGGAAUUCUUCCUCUGCGGUUUACCCCUAAAGCGGCCGUUUAAAUUAAAUGUCAAUUUUUUCCUCUAGAUAAGUUUUUCUUCUAUCUUCUUGUAGUGCCAUAUUCAUCGUUGGCUAUCAUGACGAUCAUAUCAUUUAUCGAUUUUUACACUUCGAAUAUCGAAGAAAGAAACUAAUCGAAUCAUCAAACUAUCAAUAACAAGUUAUAAGCUUAUUGGUUUUGACGGAUGAACCGGAAGUUCGUAAAUUUAAUUAUUAGUUUUUUCUCUGAAUAUGAUCUUCUCGCAGUAUAAUGACCGUUAUCAAUCGUUGGCUCUUUUCUUCACAAUGGUAUCUGCUACCAUUAUUAAAUAUAUUGCCAUAGUUCGAAUAUCGAAUUUGAGAUUUUUUGAAAAAAUUUAACAUAAUACGAUGUGAUCUCGAAUUUUCAAAAAACUUAUCGAAUCAUCAAAGUAUCAAGAAGUUAGGGGAGUUAACUGUCAGUUUUUAUCUGGAUAUGAUAUUCUUCGUCUUGCAGUACCAUGACCAUUAUCGAUUGUUGCCUCUCAUAUUCACCAUGAUAUUUCCUAUCAUUAUUUUAUCGAUUGCUGUGGUCGAAUUCACGAAUUUUCAAAGAAAGAACUUGUAGAAUCAUCCAAUUACUAAAAGUCACAUGUAAAGUUUUAUCUAUGAGUUUUGACGGAUAAACUAGAUGGGAGUAGACUUAACUGUCAGAUUUUUCCCUGGAUGUAAUCUUUUUCUAUCUUCUUGCAGUACUCAUACUAUAGGUGGAGAAACCGGAAAACGGAAUUUCAGAAUUUUGGAAAAAGUCCGAUGUAAUCCGAUGUGCUCUCGUGUUUUCAAAAAAAAAAUUGUUGCGUAAGGCUUUAUCUAUGGCUUUUGACGGAUAAACUAGAAGGGAAUAGAUUUAACUGGCAGCUUUUUCUCUAGAUAUGGUCUUUUUCUAUAUUCUUACAGACAUUUACAAUCAUUAUUUUAUCGAUUGCUACACUUCGAAUAUCGAUUUUGAGAAUUUGAUAACUUAUCGAAUCAUCCAACUAUCGAUAGCAGGAUAUACACAUGGGUUUUAACGGAUAAACCAGAAGUUAGUGGACUUGACUAUCAGUUUUUUAUCUGGAUAUGAUCUUCUAUCUUCUUGCAACAUCAUGACCAUUGUCCAUCGUGGGCUCUCGUGUUCGCAAUGAUAUAUCAUAUAUAUCAUUAUUUUAUCGAUUGUUACACUUCGAAUAUCUAAUUUGAGAAUUUUUCGAAAUGUCCAACGUAAUCCUACAUGAUCUAGAAUGUUCAUAAAGGAACUCAUCGAUUCAUCAUAUUAUCAAUAGCAGAUUUUAGUGGGUUUUGACAGAUAAACCGAAGCUUUUAACUGCCAGUUUGUUCUCUGCAUAUAAUCUUCUUCUAUCUUCUUGCGGUAUCAUGACCAUCAUAUCAAAACUAAUCAAAUGAUCAAUAGAUGCCUGUACAUGUAAAGUUUUUAUCUAUGUGUUUUGAGGGAUGAACCGGAAGUUAGUGGACUUAACAGUUUUUUUCUCUGAAUUGCUUUUCUUUCUUUAUGUAGUGCCGAUGACCGUUAUUGAUCGUUGACUCUUAUGUCAGCAAUGAUAUUUACUAACAUUGUUUUAUCGAUUACUGCACUUGGAAUAUUGAAUUUCAAAAUAUUAUUUAUUGGUUAAUGACAUUGGAGCCCGCGUUAGGCUUUUGACAUAGAUCGAAUUGGGCGAGCUUUUUUUAAGAUCCGCCAUUUGAUCAUAAACCCAAACACCCAGACGUUCAUAUCGCGUACAGCAGCCGUUGCUAAUGGAUUUAGUCAUCUGAAUUUUUUUUGCAUUUCAUUUCAGGGCAUAUAACCUGUUUUACUUGUGCCCUAGUAUUAGUCCUAGCCUAACCUUGCUUUCUCUUGUAAAUUACUUAGUUUAGCAUAAGUAUCUUGUAGUUACCCUUUUUUAUUUAGUGUGUAUAACAAUGAAUACUUUCGCGAUUUUGCCUAGGCAAGGACAUACCCAAGAAUUUAUCCAGUCCGAUCCGACGGGUUUAACGUUACUUGUAAGUCCUGCUAACAGAAGAGAAGUUUUCUCCGAUAUAUCUCGCGCGCCUUUACCAGGUGACCAUUUCGUAUAAUUCUAGUCGAUUUUUCGUAUUACUGUAUUGUGUAGGAAUAACGUUGAUGUGUUGAUUUUAGUCUUACACUCUGUACGUGCCUUAUUUUUUAUUUCCUUUUCGUUUAUUUACGAACUCAUUGAAAAUAUUUCUAGCAACAAUACGUUAAGUAUGAUAGAGUGCCGUCAACGAUCGGCUUAGAUGCUACCCAUAAGCCUUACGUGUGCUGUUAUUAAAACACCGAGGUUGGCUAUAAAUAUUACCGGAACCCGUAUUAAUGACGAAUAUAUGUUUAGUCGAAAGUGUCCGACCGUUCCCCACUCUUUUGUCGUAUUGGACCCAUAAAUUCGAUACUUUUUACAGGCUUUGUGUUGUUCUCGUUCGUAGAGUGUCGGCUCAUUUUUUUUUUCAAUUUCAAAGGCUAAACAUAGAUAUACAUCUAAACUCUCGGUUCAGCAAAUUUUUGGAUUUUCGAAUUGCGACGCAAGUCAUUUACAUUUACGGAAUUCCUCCGAAAUGCCUCCCAUUUUGGAUAAUUUUGGUUACACUAAAGAUGCCGUAAGCAACAUUUUCAUAACCGUCUUGGGAAUUUGUUUGUUACUUUUUUGGACCCCGCUUCGUAUCUGCGUUGUCCUUAAAUUUCAAGAAUGAUAUUAUAAGGAUUUUUUUUGUCCAAUGCAGUGGUGUAGAUAACUUUGAUACAUAUUUACUACACUUAUGCAGUUUUAAUUAUUACAAUAAUAAACAAUUGAAAGUUGCGCAUUAUUAAUGAAGAAUUGGAGACCAUGCGAUGAAAAAUGAGUAAGCAAGAUUGUAAUAACAACCAAAAUUAUUUUAAAAAACACAAAAUUUUUUGAAGGGAUGUUCAAAAUGGCGACCAUUUCCUGUAAUGCAUAAUUGGUAUAACUUUGUAUAUCGUUAUAUUAAAAAGAACCAUUAAUCACACUCGCAGAUUUCGAAAGGCCUCUUGAAGUUUCUUGUCAAUUCGAAUUCCAUUGGCCUCAACCCAUUUUUUAUCUCGUUUUGCAUUGUUUUAGAUUUUAUUUUUUAUUUGAAAAAAAAAGGAGUCUAAAGUUUCCAACCAAAUUAUAUCAUUGCAUGACGAAAGAGCUCUUUCCCAGUCUUCAUCGGCCCGGUGUUCUACAGCAAAACUUGAGCUUGCUUUACGAUUCUCAGGGGUUCAACUUGGUCUUUGCACUGGGUUCCCUGGUGUCAGAUCAGAUUCAGCUGGGCAUCGACCAACAGUAUCAGUAGAAGCUCUGAGUCCAUCUGAUUUCUGUGGCUGAUCGCACGGGAAACGGAUCAAUUCCAUACACCCAAUCUCUAGCCAAUUCUUCGAAAGCUCUAUAUCCCUUCCAGUAAAAUAACUGCCUGGGUACAUUCUUCGGUGGUCAAAUUUCUAGAUUAGCAUUCCAUAAUAAACACUUUACUACACCUAACCUCACAAAUGUAAAUUUUCAGUGCAAAUUAUAAAUUUUAGCAAUAAAACGUACAAAAAUCGAGGUAUAUAAUUUAUCUGAAUUACCAUUAAAUUAUGCACUUAAAACAGUAAAAAGAUACAAAUUUCAUAUUCUAUAAAUACAAGGAAUAUGUUCCACAACAAAAAUUAUCUGCAAGCUAAGCAUGCAUAAGGACAAUGCAAAUACAAGGAGGAAUCCAAAAAGCUAAAAUUAAACAAAACUAAAUAAAAAUUGCGAAAAAGUACUCAAGAUGGGACACUCUAAAUUAUGGGUAGCGAACUCCCCCCCCCCCUCCAGCAUAAAGGCGUUUUGUAUUUUCUUUGCCACGUCGCUAUCGAGAAUCAAAAAGUGGCGCCUUAAAAUUGAAGCUUUCCGGCUUCUAAACGGGGUUCUAGAUUUUUUAAUGGAAAAUGACAGAUUUUCACCUAAUUAGACGUUUGUGUACUAAUUGUGUGAUCACGAUGAGAUUAACAUAAGGCUGACUUAAAUAUUCCCUGAUUUGUUCUAAAUAUACGGUGUACAGUCCAGACUAAGGGUUCAAAGUGUGCUCUUUUGCCUCCGUAGCACAAAAAUUUAGACAAAAAGCGAUCAAUUACAUUAUAAAAGUUUUCUAAAGCUGAAUUUAUAUCACAUACCCUGAGUUAUUAUUGGUUGGACAAAGAUAAAGUAUUGCUAGUUACGCAUAUUGUGUCGACAAGUUUAAUAAUUAUUCCAGCCCUUGAGCCGCCACCAUAUUGACUUUUUUUGAAUUCCAUUCGAUUACAAGUGGCAGUAUUUUUUGAAAAUUUGCCGUAUUCACUCGCUGUCUUUUUUGUUUUCGUUAAAACAAUUAAGAACGUAACAAAAAAAGACAUCCAAAAGUAGCAAAAAUAAUAUAACUACUCCAGAUCCAGGGCACACGUUGAAUUGAUAUUUUCGUUACACCGUAUGUUUGGAAGCGCCUUUUUUCUCUGCCGUUCUCGCAAACUUAAACGCCCGAAAGGUAUUUUUCAUUUAUAGCGGAGUUAAGUUUACGGGACCGGGAAAACUUCCUUAGUUCCUUAGAUGAAUAUAUUUAAUAACUGUCUACUCGGAGACUUAUGAAAAUGAAACUUUGAGCAGGUUAUAUGGAUUUGUGUUAGGAAUUGUAGAUAGCGAACGCAACAGGGGCGCUUUUUGUGUUAUUUUUUCGAUUACCUUCGUAGGUUUGCGGGGAAAAUCUACAGGUUAUGAGAGACAUGUUUCGCUAAUCAAACGGAAGGAUGUAAGCAAUAAGCGAUACCGGUGUUUAAAAUAGGCACUUAAAGCCAACGUAUUAGGAUAGGGUAGGAAUUAUAAAAAGAUCCGCUUUAAUUUUCUCUGAUUUAUGUGAACUUGUCGUCGACAUCCAUAUUCAGGGGGGAGAUUCGCCCUCAACAUUUAACCAACUAACUAACUAACUUCUCGUAUAGUACAGAAAAACAUUUUCUUCACUACUAAAAACUAAUUAACCGUUAGGUUAUUUUUUUAGGUAAUUCAGACAGGUAGAUAACCUUCCAGAAUAGUGUUGAAGUGUAGAAUGUUUUUCUUUGUCUUUGUCAUUUUUAAAUUAAGAGAGGCAGGUUAAGUGGCACCUCUUUUUAGAAAUUUUGGAUUUCGUCGAUUAAAUUUUGAGAUAUCGUUUCCUAAAUAAAAAACGAUUUUUCCCACAAAUUUUGAACCGUCUUAAAAUUUUUGUACUACGACAAAGAGAGUUAUCAAAACAAAUUAUAUUUUAUAUUUUACAGAAGCAAUUAAGCAAUUAUCAAACAAUUUAAAUUAAACCCUCUUCUACCUGAUAGAGAAGACUUUGCUCAAAGGUUCUCUCUUUUUAAAAGCGCAGUUUUCCGGUUGUUGCCAAAUCGUUGCAAAAUAAAACAAAAUUCAAUUUAACUGAACACUCUUCUAUUCUCUACUAUUCAUUCAGCCGGCUCUCGCAGAGAUCUCGGUUUAGUUAGUUGGAAUAUAUCAUUUUAAAAAAUAAAGUUUGGGUACCUACUAGUGAUAUCCAUUCACAUCUACUACUCACAACACCAAACUUAAAAAUGGCAAAGAUACAGAAAAACAAUUGUUAAAGACAAUUACAAAUAAAAACUUUACUUUAAGCAGGGUUUGAUUAAUAUAAUAAUGAUUUUUAAUAGUUACAGCGAUUUUUGAGGUUAUAUUCUUUUUCUUGUUUCUAUGGCAUUGUUACAUUUUGCAUCAUAGUGGAAAAAAAGAAGAAAAUAUCCUCUUGCGUUGACGUCAUGCUUUAAGUGCCUAUUGUCGCACGCAGCGGCAAAAACUUACCCUUAAUAAAACGUUUAACGUGUCAAAAUAAAUCUAGACAAGCAAUGGUAAACAGCAUAUCUUUCGAGGCAUGUCUGAAAGUUUUUUUGCACGCCAUCAUAUCCCAUAUCAUGUUGUAGUUGUAGGUAUACACUUUAUAAGCAAUCACGAACCUCAUUUGCCUUGAUAGUUCUGUAGAUGUUCCCCAUCCGCUUAUCUCCGUAUGCCCCAACGUGUAAACGACUUGUCCGUUAUUUCAUUUUCAAGGUCAUAUUUUCAAAAGCUAACCAAAUUAAUUUAAAUUUCUUUGGACUAAUAUAAAUGUAUAUGAGGGGACCAUAAUCUUAGUUUCAACGCGCGGUAUGUGGAGGUAAGUGAGAAAACUUUCGCGUGAAAUUGACUUGUCUCUCCUAAAUUCUUUCCGUAACAGCGGUGAUAAAAGAAUUCCAAUCAGUCCACUGUAAAAUUCACAACUGUUAUAUACAAAUUACGUAAUAAUGUAUAUGAACCCAUAAUUUGUACAGGUAGUCUAACUUGUGUGUUAAUA